AUGUCUGAAGAAACAAUUAUGUCUAUGAAUGUUCAGGAAAUUAAAAUUGAACCACUAGAAUAUACAAUAGAAGAGAUUAAGGAUGAAUUUGAUAAUGCUGAUGAUUUUGUUAAGCCUGAAUCAUGUUCUGAAGACGACAAAACGAGUUUAGAAAGAUUCAUGAAGUCCGAAGAAGUAACGAUAGAGAAAGAAGUCCAACAGAAGUUAAUUCAGACACCCUCUUAUGAAUGUGACAUAUGUAAUAGAUCAUUUUCAGAAUCGUAUUAUUUAAAAGAGCAUAUGGUCGAACAUAUGAGUAGUCAUAGCAACAAAAACCCCCACAAAUGCGAUAUAUGCUUUAAAACAUUCAGACAACCGACAAUUUUAGCAAAACACAUGAUUCUUCAUACCGGAAAAAGCCCUCACACAUGUGGAAUAUGCAAUAAAGCUUUCACUCAGACGAGCAGUCUGAAACAGCACAUGCUCAUUCACACUAAAGAGCGUCCUUUUGAAUUACACACAUGCUUAUCCACACAGGAGAACGCCGACACAAAUGCGAAAUAUGCAAUCAGGCAUUCACACAGGCAAGCAGUCUGA